AUGGCUUCAAUCAAUUGUCAAGAUACAAUUACAGACAGUGGUGGGGAAAUGUGUGCCCUUGGAGAAGAUAGCAACAUCAUUGUGACAGUGACUAGUUUUCUCAACAAAGAAUUUAGACGAUUACUGUUUCUCUGGAUUCUAUUUUCAGAAAAGUCUCAUCAUACUGUUCAAGAAGAGGCAAGGUUGCUUUACCUAACGGGAGCGCGCCUAAGUGACCAGACCUUAGUCCGGGGACGCACCGUCUCCGUCUUCCUGGGUACCGGCGGGGACAGGACUGGGUACACGCCAGACGAGAAACUGCGGCGGCAGCAGCUGCGAGAACUGAGAAGGCGAUGGCUGAAGGGCCAGGAGCUGAGCCCCGGGGAGCCGGUGCUGCCCCCUCAGAGGGUGUGGCCUAUGGAGAGAUUCUGGAAUAAGGUUCUGCAGGACCAGGCCCCGUGGAAGAACCUGAUCUAUAAGACAUAUCGACACAGUUUCCUUGUUUUUACUCAUAUACUUACACCUGCUUGGAUUGUUCAUUAUUAUCUCAAAUAUCAUGUGAAUAAAAAACCGUAUGCCAUUGUUGAAAGGAAGCCCAGAAUAUUCCUGGGUGAUACAAUCCUGGAGACUGGAGAAGUAAUUCCACCAAUAAAAGAAUUUCCUGAUCAACAUCAUUGAAGAUUAAGUUAAAAUUUCAGAGGCAUAUGAGCCCAAGUUUUGUUGCUAUAUUACCAUAUUUACUUAAUAUAUUUUCUGGGAAAGUAACUUGAAUAAAGUGUACCCUUGGGUAAAUAAAAA